AUGGUUUCUGGAAAACUGAUCAAGCUCCUGGUUUUUGAGCUUUUCGAGUUUGCUGCUUUCUCCAUUCCCACGCUUGUGAUUGUGGAACAGUUUGCCACCACCUAUCAAACAACGACGGGGAGCCCUGAGAAAACACAUUAUUGGCUGAUUGUUUCCUGUUCGAUUGCCUAUGUGGCUUCAGUGACUCUGCUGAUUUGGGUUCCCAUAAAAGUUCUCUUAUACAGGAAGCAUGCCUUUUCCAAAAAAAUUAAAGGAUGGAGACCUGUUAUGAUGAUGUGUGUUAUACUCACCACACUUCCCAGCUUCAGCUUUUCUAUCGCAGGGACUGAGGUUCAAAAGAAUAUUAAUGGUUCUGCGGAUACCUUACCUGAUACCUUACCUGAUCUGCCAGUUUCUCUGGUUCUGACUUCCUUGAUUGUGGUGGAUAUUAUUGAAAAACUCAGGAUAUAUUCUCUUAGAAGGUGGCAAAAUUGUAAUGAAGUUAGAUAUGUCUGUACAACCACUUUGCACCAAGUAAACACCGUGAUGGACCAAGUGAAGCAAAAGGAAGAAAAUACUUCGUCUCCGCAGCCAGCCAGGAGGACCGAGGCAUCACAGCCAUGGGGACAAAGCACACAGAGCCCCGCUCCAGCAAUGGGAGAACCCCAGGAGCCCUCCUUCCACUCGGGAAUCCUGGGAACCAUGUCCCAUCAGGACUACCGUGCCCAGAUCAUCCUGUGGAGCUUUCUGCUGUGGUCUGACACCAUAGAAAUGGUGCGCGUGGCUGGCCACCCUGCUGUGUAUAAGUCAGGCUGGCUGUACCCAGUCUACAUAUUCAGUUUUAUUUCUCUCCUUCGGAUGAUAUUAACUCCUCAGAACCCUCUUCAGAAUUCCCUGGGCGUCUUUCUCCAAGACUUACCCUUUAUUUUUAUUAGACUUAGUUUAAUCAUUGCCCUGGGAACUAUCACACCCGUAUUGGGCCUUUGUAAAAACAUACUAGUGACUCUCUCUCAUGUUUACUUCAAUUACUUAUCCAAAUUCAGAGCUUUCUCUACCUUUGAAAUGUCUUCAUUUUAA